CUUUUCUCUGUUUCGGGGAUAGCGUCACUUCGGGUUUUCCACUACCCCAUUUGGUAUCGUUUCUCAGCUCUGUUGUAGAGAGGGGAAAGUAUAUAUAUAGUCCUGGAUCAUCCCAUCUGGGGGUCAUUGUAUUCAGCAUCGACUUUCCAUCUUUAGUUUAUCUUGUUCUCUAGUUCAGUUUCUAGACGUACAAUGGACACCCUCUCCCUCACUGGCAAAGUAGCCAUCAUCACAGGCUCAGGUCGUGAGACUGGCAUCGGUGCGGGGAUCGCUGCUGCAUUGGCUCGUAACGGUGCUUGGGUGGUUAUUAACCAUGUCUCAGAUACGACUGCGCCUCGAGCUGCGAAAGUCGCUGAAUCGCUUAAUCAGAAUACUUCCGGAAAGGCAGUUGUGGUUCAGGCGGACGUGUCUUCAGCGGAGGGAGCAAAGAUGCUUGUUAAUGAGACUCUGAGGUUGUUUGGGGUUGAUCAUGUUGAUAUUUUGGUCAACAAUGCGGCAACUGGUUCUCUUGAGCCGUUCCUCAACGUAUCUUCCUCAUCAAUGGAAAGCACCUUUCGAUCGAUCGUGUUUGCACCCGUAUACAUGAUCCAAUCCGUUAUACCACACAUGCCUCGCGGUGGACGUAUCAUCAACAUUGGAAGUGUCGCAUCGAAAAUCUGCCCGUCGCCCAUCGCAAUCUAUGCUGGCGCAAAGGCUGCCGCGGAUGCAAUGACUUUCGCCAUGUCAAUGGAGCUGGGUCGAGGAUAUGGAGUGACCAUCAACACUGUGAUGCCAGGGGGUGUUGCGACUGAUGCGUUCCCCAAGGAGAUUAUGGAGAAGAUGCAUGAACCCUUGAUUGCGAUGACGAGAGCCGAAGAGAGGAUCGGGACGACUGAGGAUAUUGGCGAUGCGGUGCUGUUGCUUUGUAAUGAGAAGAGUAGGUGGAUCACGGGGCAGGUUAUUAGUGUUAGUGGAGGGGUCACUGGUGGUUGAUCGGACUCGAAUUGUUGCAUGUAUGAUAAAUCAAGGCUGCGCCGCAUUGUCAAUUGCAGUGAGAAGUGUUUCGUUUUCUGCACCCAUGCCACAGACAACGUCAACCCAAGCAAUGUCACGAGAUCGUUGAAGAGCAUCAGUCGCGGACUGUAUUCCCAUGUGGUGCAUGCAUCUGCGGAUUUCGGCAACGUAGAGCGUGCGAUCCACAAAUGGCUGUAGAGCGGCAACGAUAAGAAUACUCCAUAGUUGAAGACUUUGUA